UGAAGGUUGUUAAGUCAUUUAUCGGUACAGAAACUGUGAUACACAUUCGUCACUUCUUCAUCACAUCAACUUAGGAUCGACGUUUUACCAAGAUUAUAAGAAUGCCUAAAAUAUUCGGUAAAUUCAGACCGGAAUACUGCGAUUUGCCCACCAUGGUAUGGAAUGUCGAAGUAUUAUUACGAACACUAACUAUUAGAUCUUACAGACGGUUGAACAAACCAAUUUCCUGGAUAUAUUAUAUAUUUACUGUUUCUUCGGGGCUUUUUUAUAUAUACUCGUACGUAAUCUCGCCCGUCUGGUUCCUUAUGGUGAAAAGUAGAGAAACUGGGGACUUUACAGCAGCCAUAGUAGAACUUUCACUAUCCAUGUGCAGUUUAACUUGUGUACCUAAAAUCUUUUACAUGAAAUAUUACAGUUCAACAGUGAUGGAUCUAAUCGAUGAAUAUUUAAGAUGUAAUGAAUUGAUAGUUAAAGGCACCCGCUUUGAAAAGAAUUUCUUGAAAAACAUGAAAACUGUAAAAAAGCAAGCAACAGUUACUUGGGCUGUGUCUAUGCUAAAUAGCGCGACUUACCUCACUGUUCCUCUUUUGAGACCUGGACGCCAUUUCACUCAAGACAUGUAUGUAAUAUACGGUUUGGAACCGAUGCUGGAAUCUCCUAACUACGAAAUAGCAACCGUUAUGAUGGUUUUAUCGAUUAUCUUUGCUUUAAAGGUCAUAGUGUAUAUAACUCUUUUCGUUAUAGUAAUUAUAGGAUUCCUUGAAUCCCAAAUGCUGGCUCUGAGUGUGGAAUUGACCAAUAUCUGGGAAGAUAGUAAGAAAUUCUACAACUAUUAUGCACUUCAGCACAACGAAUCUGGUGACGAAUAUGAAGUGAGAAAUGUAUUUGUAACCAAUCGUCUGCGAGAUAUUUUGAAGUUCCACAUCAUGAAUAUAAAUCUCCGAAAUAAAGUUGAAAAGGAACUCCGCUUCAUAUUCGUAAAUGACUUCAUUUUUAUGAUGUUCGCUCUCGUGACUGAAUUGCUCGGGGGUUUAGACAACACACUGUUCCAAUUUUCAUUUACACUUGGCAUAGUAUUCAUAGAUUGUUGUAUUGGACAAAGGCUAAUUGAUGCUAGCAUAGCAUUCGAGACAGCAGUCUACGAUUGCAAAUGGGAAAAUUUUAAUUGGUCCAAUCAGAAAACAGUUCUUUUUAUGCUACAAUGUUCACAGAAGACGAUGACUCUAACAGCUGCUGGAAUAGCCAUUCUUAAUUUUAUAUUUUUAAUGUCUGUCCUCAAAUCUACAUAUUCCGCUUAUACCACUCUUGCAUCUUUUGUAGGGCCAGACCUGGUUAGAGGCGAGAGGGUUAACCCCUUACCCCUCCCACCCAAGCCCACGCGGCCAGUCUCUAACCACCCACCGCCGAGCGCAAGCGUCCAACGGCAGACAGAGCGGAGACCAGCCAUCAAGCGACCCGGACCUUCGAAGAGGCCUGAGUUUCCGUUCACCGCAUUCAGCGGCGAACCCCCCCCCCCCCUCGUAACUGAUUGCACCGGUUGCCCGCAACGGUUUACCAAGACUACAAGAAUGACAAAGACACUUGAAAAAUUCGGUUUGGGGUACUGCGAUCUGCCGACGAUGCUAUGGAAUAUCGAGGUUUUAUUACGAGUGUUAACCAUCAGGGUCAAUAGACAGUUCAACAAGAGAAUUCCCUGGAUAUUUUACGUCAUAACAAUUUUCACUGGUCUCUGUUACUUCUACUCCUACAUGUUGUCGACUGUUUGGUACGUUUUUGUGAGGUGUAGAGAAACUGGCGACUACGUCAACGCCAUUAUAGCUAUAUCACUAUCAAUGUGCAGUGUAACUUGUGUACCUAAGAUCUUUUACAUGAAAUAUUACCGAGAAGCGGUGAUGGAUUUAGUCGAUGAAUAUUUAAACUGUAAUGAGUUGAUAGUUAAAGGAACUCGUUUUGAGAAAAAUUUCUUUACAAAUAUGAGAAUUAUUAAGAAACAAGCAACAGUUUCCUGGUUUGUAUUGACAUUGAACUCCGCAAUUUUUGCCUCUCUUCCAUUUAUGAGGCCUGGACGCCAUUUGACUCAAGACUUGUAUGUAAUGUAUGGUUUGGACCCGAUGAUGGAAUCUCCUAACUACGAAAUAGCAGCAAUCCUAACGGUAUCAUCUGUAUACUUCGCUGUAACGAUCAUAAUACAUUUAACACUCUUCAUUAUAGUCAUCAUUGGAUUCCUUGAAUCCCAAAUGCUGGCUCUGAGUUUGGAAUUGACGAAUAUCUGGGAAGAUAGUAAAAAAUUCUACAACUAUUAUGCACUUCAGCACAACGAAUCUGGUGACGAAUAUGAAGUGAGAAAUGUAUUUGUAACCAAUCGUCUGCGAGAUAUUUUGAAGUUCCACAUCAUGAAUAUAAAUCUCCGAAAUAAAGUUGAAAAGGAACUCCGCUUCAUAUUCUUGAAUGACUUCAUUUUUAUGAUGUUCGCUCUCGUGACUGAAUUGGUCGGUGGUUUAGACAACACUUUGUUACAAUUGCCAUUUACAUUUGGCAUGGUCUUCAUAGAUUGUUGUAUUGGACAAAGGCUAAUGGAUGCUAGCAUAGCAUUUGAGACAGCAGUCUACGAUAGUAAAUGGGAAAAUUUUAAUUUGUCAAAUCAGAAAACAGUACUUUUUAUGCUACAAUGUUCACAGAAGACGAUGACUCUAACAGCUGCUGGAAUAGCCAUUCUUAAUUUCAUAUAUUUGAUGUCUGUCAUCAAGUCUACAUAUUCCGCAUAUACCACUCUAAAAUCUUCUGCAUAAGAACCAUAUUUAAAAAAUACCAGUGGAAGUUCAGUAAGAUGCAAUUAUAGAAGUACAAGUCACAAUAUGUAGAAGAGGUAGCUUUAGUAUGAUAAUAAUGAAAUAAAUUACAGUU